AUGGUCCCUCAUGAAUCUUGCGAGGACUGUACUGUUGGAGCAUAUCACAUUCCCGCAGGAACUCAACUGUUAGUGCAUGUGUGGGCAAUUCAGAGGGAUGCGACCGUCUGGGAGUGCCCCACCGAAUUUGAUCCAGAACGUUUUCUCAACAGCGUCAAAGAGAUUGAUGUGAAAGGACAAGACUUCGAAUUGAUUCCAUUUGGUCUAGGGAGAAGAAUCUGUCCGGGCAUUUCUUUGGCAAUGAUUGUGGUUAGCCAUACGCUGGGCCGGCUGCUUCAGAGCUUCGAGUGGUUUGUUCCAGAGGGCACUGUAAUUGACAUGACAGAGGGGUCUGGGACCAGAUCAAUUCCAUUAGAGGCCAUUAUUAAGCCUGGUCUUCCCCUCCAUCUCUAUUGA